UUUUUUUUUUUUUUUUUUUUUCAUCCUCUCCCUCUUUUCUGUUUCUGUCUGUGAUCCCAGGGGAGGGGAAACGGGAAUAGUGAGAGAUCAAAAAUAAACCUCUUAUGUCAAAGCCGGGAAAGAAGUAUAAAUACGAAGGGCUAGGCAGCCCACUCGGUGCUUCCCGAGGAAGAAGGCGACUGCUCUGGACAGCGCGGAGAAGAGUGCUCGCGGCCCGGGACGCCAGCUGCUCGAGCUCCGCUAGGUUGGCUGGCUGGCGCAGGAGGAGCCGGCUGUGCGAACUAGAGGGGCCGCCAGGGGACCGCCGCGCCUGCUGCCGCUGGCCGAGUGGACCUCUCCAUCUGAUUGAUCAUUUUUCCUGGAGAGAGCGGCCUUGGGCCACCAGCACCUGCCUGCGCGCGGCUGCCUUCUUCCCUCUGCCGCGCUCCGCAGCCCUCUGCCCCCAUGCUCCGCGACCCCACCGCCGCCCGGUGGCCGCCCCUCCUGCUGCUGCUAUUGCAGCUGCCGCCGCUGCCACUCGUCUGCGGCGCCCCGGCAGAGCCGGGAACCGGGUCACAGGCCUCGGAGCUGCUGGUGCCCACGCGGUUGCCGGGCAGCACGAGCGAGCUCGCCUUCCACCUGUCCGCCUUCGGCCAGGGCUUCGUGCUGCGCCUGGCGCCCGACGCCAGCUUUCUAGCACCCGAGUUCAAGAUCGAGCGUCUCGGGGGCUCCGGAGCUGCGGCGGGGGGCGAGCCGGGGCUACGCGGUUGCUUCUUCUCUGGCACCGUGAAUGGGGAGCGAGAAUCGCUGGCGGCGGUGAGCCUGUGUCGCGGGCUGAGCGGCUCUUUCUUGCUGGCAGGAGAGGAGUUCACCAUCCAGCCGCAAGGCGCUGGGGACUCCCUGGACCAGCCUCACCGCCUGCAACGCUGGGGGCCCGGGCAGCACCAGGAGGACCCCGGGCUCGCCGCCGCUGAAGUCUUCCCUCUCCCUCAAGGAUUCGAGUGGGAGGUGGAGAUGGGUGAGGGGCUGGGACCGGAGAGAAGUAAGGACGAAAAGGACAGGGAGCAGGACAAAGAGGGGUUGCGCAAAGAGAGAGAAGACUCCAGUGAACUGCCACCACCCUUAAAAUCCAAAACUAGGAGCAAACGGUUUGUUUCCGAGGCUCGCUUUGUGGAAACACUGUUGGUGGCUGAUGCGUCCAUGGCUGCCUUCUAUGGGACAGACCUGCAGAACCACAUCCUCACAGUGAUGGCAAUGGCAGCCCGAAUCUACAAGCACCCGAGCAUCAGGAACUCCAUCAACCUUGUGGUGGUAAAAGUGUUGAUAGUGGAAGAGGAAGGAUGGGGCCCGGAGGUAUCGGACAACGGUGGGCUCACACUGCGCAACUUCUGCAGCUGGCAGCAGCGCUUCAACAAGCCCAGCGACCGCCACCCAGAGCAUUAUGACACUGCCAUUUUGUUCACCAGACAGAAUUUCUGUGGGAAGGGGGAACAAUGUGACACCCUGGGAAUGGCAGAUGUCGGCACCAUCUGUGACCCUAACAAGAGCUGCUCAGUGAUCAAGGAUGAGGGCUUGCAGGCAGCCUACACUCUGGCCCAUGAGCUAGGGCACGUUCUCAGCAUGCCCCAUGAUGAUUCUAAGCCCUGUGUGAGGCUGUUUGGGUCCAUGGGCAAAUACCACAUGAUGGCACCAUUCUUCAUCCAUGUGAACAAGACGCUGCCCUGGUCUCCCUGCAGUGCUGUGUACCUCACAGAGCUCCUGGAUGAUGGUCACGGAGAUUGUCUCCUAGAUGCCCCUACCUCGGUCUUACCCUUCCCCACAGGCCUUCCAGGCCACAGUACCCUCUAUGAGCUGGAUCAGCAGUGCAAGCAGAUCUUUGGGCCUGAUUUCCGCCACUGCCCCAACACCUCUGUGGAAGACAUCUGUGUCCAGCUCUGGUGCCGCCAUCAGGAUAGUGAUGAGCCUGUUUGCCACACGAAGAACGGCAGCCUACUCUGGGCUGAUGGUACACCCUGUGGCCCUGAGCACCUAUGCCUGUAUGGCAGCUGUGUGCUUAAGGAGGAAGUGGAGAAGCCCAAGGCUGUGGUAAAUGGAGACUGGGGUCCAUGGGGACCCUGGGGAGAAUGUUCUCGCACCUGUGGAGGAGGAAUACAGUUUUCCAACCGUGAGUGUGAUAAUCCGGUGCCUCAGAAUGGAGGAAGAUUCUGCCUGGGUGAGAGAGUCAAGUACCAAUCAUGCAACACAGAGGAAUGUCCACCAAAUGGCAAAAGCUUCAGGGAGCAGCAGUGUGAGAAAUACAAUGCCUACAACCAUACUGACAUGGAUGGGAAUUUCCUGCAGUGGGUCCCCAAAUAUUCAGGAGUGUCCCCCCGGGACCGAUGCAAGCUGUUCUGCAGAGCCCGGGGGAGGAGUGAGUUCAAAGUGUUUGAAGCCAAGGUGAUCGAUGGCACCCUGUGUGGGCCAGAUACUCUGUCCAUCUGCGUCCGGGGGCAAUGUGUGAAGGCUGGCUGUGACCAUGUGGUGAACUCACUUAAGAAGCUGGACAAAUGUGGGGUGUGUGGGGGCAAAGGCACUACCUGUAGGAAGGUCUCCGGUUCUUUCACCCCCUUUAGUUAUGGCUACAAUGACAUUGUCACCAUCCCAGCUGGUGCCACAAACAUUGACGUGAAACAACGGAGCUACCCAGGGGUCCCAAAUGAUGGCAGCUACCUGGCACUGAAGACAACCACUGGGCAGUACCUGCUCAAUGGCAACCUGGCCAUCUCUGCCAUAGAGCAGGACAUCCUGAUGAAGGGGACCAUUCUAAAGUACAGUGGUUCCAUGGCUACCCUGGAGAGGCUGCAGAGCUUCCAGGCCCUACCUGAGCCUCUAAUAGUACAGCUCCUGACUGUGUCUAGUGAGGUCUUGCCUCCAAAAGUCAGAUACACCUUCUUCGUUCCCAAUGACAAGGACUUCAGCAUGCAGAAUAGCAAAGAAAGAGCAACCACCAACAUCAUCCAGUCUUUGCCCCAUGCAGAGUGGGUUCUGGGGGAUUGGUCUGAAUGCCCUAGCACUUGUGGAGGUAGCUGGCAUCGACGGACUGUGGAAUGCAGGGACCCUUCAGGUCAGGCCUCUGACACUUGUGAUGAAGCUCUGAAACCUGAAGAUGCCAAACCCUGUGGAAGCCAGCCAUGUCCCUUCUGAUUCCCUUGGGGGGGAAAUGUAUUGGCUCAUGGACUUGGGUUACUUGGGUAUAUAGACAAGGGUCCCCUCUGAGGUCAUACUACAUAUCAAGAUGGCUUGGACCUUCAGGGCCUCCUGUUACUACAGCCCUUUGGUUCUGCCUAAUUCAUAAGGAAGAGGAGAAGAGGGUAUGAGGGUAACAGAUCCUGAAGUUGACUGUCCAGUCGACUGGACCUUGCUUAGGUUCAAGUAGAGGGUAUAGGUUAAAAGGUAAAAGUGCACUUAUUGACCCAAAUGGGAGACUUCAGAGCCUGCCUUUUUGAAAAGGACUAGCAAAGUUAAAUGAAAAAGAUUUUUUUUUUUCUAUUUGGUUUCCCCAGUAAUCAAUCUACCUCACUGUGGGGGGAAAAUCAGUAUAUGAGAGGUAUGAGGCCAAGUGUUGUUGGUGAAUAUCAAAGCAAGCCCCAUAGCUAUCUCCAAGUUAUCUUUAGAAAUGACCAUGAAUAUCUUCAGUGUUAAAAAUCCAACGUCUAAAGGGUGAUGGUGUCCAUCACCGGUUUAUAGAGAGCCAUUUGUUCUCAGGCUGCCACCUGCUGGGGUGGACCCAUUUCAACUAUUUAUGCAAAUAUGUCUCUGCACUAAAGUGUGAUCUUAUGCUAAUGAAA